UUCCGGGACAAAGACGUCAUUGCCUAUCCCGAUGCCAGCCCCGUCAUGCUCCUUUCCGAAACGUCCCUGGAGGAGCUCAACAAGCGCUUGGAGAAGCCGGUCACUCUGGGAAAUUUCCGGCCCUGCAUCGUGGUGUCUGGAUGUGAGGCCUUUGCUGAAGAUGGCUGGGAUGACGUGGAAGUGGGCACCACCAAGCUAAAGAGGGUCAUGGCCUGUGGCCGUUGUCUCCUGACCACAGUGGAUCCCGAUACUGGAAUCAUGAGCCGGAAGGAGCCCCUGGAAACGCUGAGGACCUUCCGACAGAGCGAUCCUUCUCUGAGCCACCUCUACAAGACCGCUCCACUUUUUGGCCAAUACUACGGAGUGGAGCAAACCGGAAAAUUAAGAGUGGGAGAUCCAAUCUAUAUCAAGGUCCGCAAGGAUUAAGGUUCGUUCCCUAUGCU